AUUUAGAGUGGAGGGUGCCUGAGAGUGCAAAAAAUCAAUUUUCUCCUUCCCCGAGCCGCGUCAAACAAGCCAGACCUCGUGCGAACUCCCCUCUCUCUCCUCUCACACCCUCGUCCUCCUCUCUCCUCGCUGAUUCUUCGCAUGCUCGCGCCACCUCCUCCCCCGUAUCACGCCGCCGCCGCCACAGACGGCGAAUUCGCGAGGCCCCGCCCCGAAUCCGCGCCGCCCGCGCCCAGAUCUCCCCCCUCCGCGCCUCCGGAUGUCAUGAGCCGCCCCCAUUUGCCCAAGGACCAGGCCUUCCCUCGCGCCAAUGGGUUCUGUGACGGCGGGGCCCGCGGGCUCGGCGAGAUCGAGGAAGUGGGUGCGGCGGCCACCGUAGCAGUGGAGCAGUCGCCCUCGCAGUCCUCAUCCCCGUCGGCGUCGUCGCCGGCGCCGGCGAUGUCGUCGUGCGGGCAGUACAUGCUGCACCGGGUGGGCAAGCUCGACACACUCGCGGGCGUCGCCAUCAAGUACGGCGUCGAGGUAGCGGACAUUAAGAGGCUGAAUGGCCUCUCAACGGACCUCCAGAUGUUUGCACACAAGACGCUGCGGAUUCCGCUCCCGGGGAGGUAUCCUCCGUCGUCUUGCCAGCAAAAUGGUUCAUAUGAGAGUGAUGACAGGGAAUGUACUCCACGUCGAAUUCAUGAUGAUAUCUUGGAUUCAAUAUUGAAAACACCAAAGCACAAAGUUUCGCCAGCCAUGAGCCUUUUGCAGGGAUACUAUGGCCUUGCACAUCCUCCAAAGAGAGAUCAAACAGGCAAAGGCACUGAAAUGACAGUCUAUAGAAAAGGCAAAUCUGCUUGUUUGGAUGUUGAGCCGUGGCUUGAGCCACCAAAUUCUGAUCCGUUCCCUCUUCAGAAUAAUAAAACCAGAAGCUUGACGAUAGGUUCUCUUGUGAAUGGCGAGACUGAUGAGAAUGGUGACAGUGAAAGGUUGAUAAGGCGGCGCCAGAAAGCUGAUGGUGAGCUGUUACCUAGGGAGGAAAAUGGUGGCGACUUCUUGGCAAGCGCUGGGAAAGGCCUGGCAUUGAGGCCAAAGUCGAGCAAUCGACCAGACAUGAACAAGAGUCAGCAGAAUCUUUUUGCAAUGGCAGAGCCUUUGUUCGUCAAUGGGUUGCAAACUGUACGGAAAUCAUCUAGCACUCCAGAGUUCCAAGAGCCAGAGAGCAACACCAGUUCCUCCAUAUGGUCAGCGAGCAAGUGGAGCUUAAAACCAGAUGCUUUUGCUCUUCCUCUCCCUAUCCCUCGCUUCGACAAUAUCCCAAAGCCAAUUGCUGCUUGGAGAAACAAGGAGGCUCGAGAUUAAUAAUUCGUCGCAUCUUGGUUAUUAAUGGUGAUUUUCCCUGAUCUUCAGGAGGCCCGGGAAGAGCUUAGGUUGGCACCAGUCUUCCCAGCAAUGGAAGCAGGCGGAGGUGCAGGACCUCGAUUGGUUCCUGCUAGUUGGAAAAUACAGAAGAUCCGACACAUAUCUUCCAUGAUGCGGAUAGUUCUUAGAUUAGAUUUACAUGGUUCUCAUGUUAUAUUGGAGAUGUUGCACCAAGGGUAGCAUCGUUAGUAUUCUUCACAUAAGUUAUAGAUGACAUAGAGGAGACUUGGAUAUUUGAGGAUGGUAUUCUUUUGUACACAAUGCAGAUAAUGUAGGAUCAAAGGGCGGCUAUACAUAUGUUGUAUGUGUGAUCCCAUAUCCUAAAAUAUAGAAGAAAUUGGCCUUGACCUGCAUUUGAGUUCUUUUUUGUGUGUUA